ACUCCAUUCAUCCCCCAUCCUCUUCCUUGACAUGUGCAGUAGAGCAGUGGAGUCUCGUAUUCCGGUUGGUAUUUUUGAGUGCUGCUAGAUGCUAGAUAUUCGUUUUAGAAGUGUAAACGUGAACCGUGUGUCUUAGGCUGUGGUCUUACAGUAAUUUGGUUUUUUGUUAUGUGACUCGUGGGUGGUAUUACCGAAUCGGUGGUGCAGUGAAAAAAAAAGUGAAGAAGAGAAGAAUUUAUUUGCAUAGCAGAAAAAUUAAACUAAAUCGGCUUCACGAUGGGGGCUUCUAACUCAACUCAAAGACCAGUGCCUCAACCAAUAGACAUAGGAGAGUUCAGGAAGAAUGUGGGGAUUGGGGAUACUUACCAAAUACCAGAAAUUCCAGCGAAAAGGAGAGUGACCGAUUUUAAAUUCACGAUUGUGUUUGGAGUUUUCUUAGCCAUCUUGGUACCCUUUUUAAUAUACACAUUUAUCCAAUCUGAUCUCGAUAGAUUAAUUAACGGAUAUGACAAAUGCGGCAACGUUUGUGGCGAGAAAAAUACUCAAGUUUUUGGUAUUAAUUGCUCGGGACAAGACAUGACAAAUAAGCCAUUUCUGAGACUUCUGAAAAAUAGGAAUGCCUUGUCGGAGGACGACGAACAAUUCAUUAGGGAUGAAUGUGUCAAUGAAUGUGGGCCUGGAUACGUGGAGUUGUUCAACCGAUGUUAUCCUUCGACAUCAUCAUCUAAGAUUGAAGACGACUCGGAGAAAGUCUUUGCAAAUAUAGGUCGAGACAUCAAUAAAUCUGCGGGUUACAUAGUUCUAAUGUGCCUCAUAGGAUUGGUCUUUUCUGUUGGAAUGCUUUUCUUGUUCAGAUAUUUCGUUGCGGUGGUCGUUUGGGUUAUACUCAUCGGUUCACUUCUCGGAAUCAUUGCUUUGGCUGGAAUAUUCUGGUACUUGAAUAGCAACCAGACUGGCUCCAACUCUUCUGGUUUUCAAACCCUAGCUAUUUUCUUCACAGUCCUUUCAGUGCUUUUAAUAAUAGUAUUAAUUUGCAUGUUUAAGAGAAUCAAACUCGUCAUCCGACUGUUUAAAGAAGCAAUCAAGGUUAUUUUUGGCAUUCCUGUAAUUGUUUUUGAACCUGUUUUGACGUUUGUUGCAAGCACUAUUUUAUUGAUAAUAUUCGUAUUCUUUUUGAUUGUAAUGUCCACCGCUGGAAUCUUGCAAAAAAUAGACUUUGAUAUGUGUGACUACAUCCCAAAUUUUGCGAUUCUCUUUACCUUGUUCUUGCACCUCGUGAUUAGUUUGUGGAUGUGGCAAUUUAUUAUUGGUUGCCAACAUGUGGUCAUUUCUGGCGCCGUCGCAUCUUACUAUUUCGCAAGGGACAAGUCAUCUGUCGUUUCCCCCGUCUACACCAGUUUUUACAAUUUGGUCAGAUAUCACCUAGGUUCGGUCGCUUUUGGUUCUUUUAUUAUUACAAUUAUUGCCCUAAUCAGAGCUUUGAUAAGAGGUUUAAUAAAUAACAAACAUGCCAAACUUUUGGUCGACUGCUGCUUAGGAGCUAUUGAGGACUUCCUGAAAUUCCUUUCCAAGAACGCUUACAUCCUUAUAGCCAUGCAUGGACAACCAUUUUUCAAGUCUGGGAAACGAGCUGUACGACUACUUGCCGCGAAUGCCCUUAGUACAAUUGCAGUGAAUUCUGUUGGCGAUUUUGUGUUGGGUAUGUCGAAAGUAUUGAUAGUCGUGGCGACUGUAUUGGUUGGAACUUUAAUGGCUGACCCUUCCAUCGAACACUUCUGGGCUGCUAUCCUAAUCAGCGCGAUUGUGACUGCGAUUAUAGCUGAUUGCUUCUUUGCUGUUUUUGAGACUGCGAUUGAUACUAUCUUCCUUUGCUUCUGUGAGGAUAGUUGCAUGAAUGACGGGACGGAACGUCCAUAUUACAUGAGCGUGAAUCUUAUGCAAUAUGUAGAAGAAGCCAAGAAGACGGCGAACCAAAAAAAUAAUGCGUAAAAUAAAUAUACGCAUUCAAGAACAAUAUAUUUAGUAUUUGCGUGUUUUUUGGUAGAAUAGGUUGCGUUUGUUUCAUGUUACUGGUUAUUUUAUUACAUAGUACGACGAAAUAUUUUUGUAAUUCAUACGUAUACAGUUGUAAUUUAGGUUAUUUUUUGAUAUUACUUUUACAUUGUAAGAGUACUCUUACUCAUACUACAAUUUUUUGAUCUAGUUACCCUCCUAACAAUAAUCUUUAAAAAGAUUUAGCCUAGAAUGAAUUUUUAUUUUUUAUAUGCCUAUAUAUUGGAAUACCAUAACUUUUCAAUGUUAAAAGUAAAAUUUAAUAAAUGUUUGAAAAUUA